AUGCAAUUAAUACCUCCCGGGGUUUACCGGGUUGAUGUACUCAUCCUAAUUACUUACCAAAUGACUCACUUCUUCAGUAUUCAACAAAUUUUCCCCGUCUUCCUCAAUUACACACCUAAGACUGCUUGCGUUGGAGAGCGAUGCUAUUACGUCCCCAAAAAUAAAUGUAUGGAAUGCCCUGAUUGCCCUGAUUUAUGUUUCAAUGCCACUUCGAAAGCCGACAAGGCGGAAUGUGUUACCAAGUAUUCCCAUGCUUAUUACCAAUCUGCAGCUAUGGAAUAUGGAAUUUUCUGCAAAGAUGGAUGGAAAGACUUCCGACCUGCUUUUGCUCAGUACGUUGGAGUAUUAAUUGGUAAUAUCUUCUUGGGAUAUGUUGCUGAUGCUAUUGGAAGACGGAAGACUUUCAUAAUCUCUAUGAUUGUGGGUAUUCCUGCUCUCUUCUUAUCUGGUUAUUUCAACAGUAUCGCUAUGUUCUACUUCCUCCGAGCUGUUACUGGUAUCGCUAUAGCUGGUACUAUGGUUGUUGGAUGGGCUUAUUUUUCCGAACUUGUUUCUCCUAAUCAAAGAUUCAAACUGCGUACCUUCAGUAACUGGGCUAACGCUCGUACCAUGCUAACUAUCGUCUGCUUACUAACUGGAGAAUGGAGAAUGUCAUCUUAUAUUUCUGCAGUUAUUUCCUUGAUAACUUUCGCUAUAGUCGUUUUCAUUUUACCUGAAAGCCAUAUUUGGCUCAGAAAGAAGGGAAGAUUCGAGGAGUCUGAGAAAAGUAGACAACGUCUCGCGGCGCUUGCUGGAGUUCCUUUCGAGCCAAUGGAUCCACCCCCAGUCGUUUCUGAGUUAGCUGUACCAGAGAAGGCUGUCACUAUCUUCGGUGUUUUCAAAGAUUCCACUCUUCGUCGAAACUUGCUCGUUCUUUGGGUCAUGUGGUUCGUAACUGGAAUGACUGCCUAUCUUACUGAUUUAUGCGGAGGAGACAUGACGAAGAAUUUCUGGGUUGGUCAGUUCUUAUCCGGUAUCCUGCUCUCCGUCGUUCGUGUGAUCAUGGGGUUCGCAGAUGGCUUCCUCCCCUGGAUGGGAAGACGCUUCGUGCUUCUGUGCUCACAGCUGCUGGCUGUUUUCUUCUUCGCCUUUGUUGUGCUGUUCCUCUACAUGGAAGAAAAGGGAGAGUGGUAUUAUACUUUCGUCUACUUGGGAGCUUUCAUUUUCACUUCGAUCGUGUGGGAACCAUGUUAUUUGUGCGCCUCUGAGUUGAUGCCUACUGAUGUUAGAGCCACAUCUACUGCCUCGUGCUCAAUUGUUGGUCGUAUAGCUAACAUUGGAGCUUCCAUGCUGACCGGACUUAAAACUUAUUACGAGCCUGGAGUUCAUAUGAUUUCGAUCGUCCUCGGUCUUAGUAACGUAGCUGUAGCUUACUUCUUCUUGGAAGAAACCAAGAACUGUAACUUGGAGAAGGCUGGAAAGAAGAAGGAGAUAGAGAAGAGUGAAACACAAGGGACCGAAAUGGUGAAUCUUCUUCCAAAGGAAACUACUGCUGAUGGUAAUGAAGAAGAAAAGAAGGAAUAA